UUUUUAUUUCGGUUUUCGAUUUUUCUCUUCGAAAUGCGUGCCCUACUUAAGCAUGGGUGAAGCAACCCCAUCGACGACAGGCCUAUUAGAUUCCAACGAUCGCCCCCUCUUCAAUUUCAACUUGCGACAUGUACAAUCGGCUGUCCGGUAAUAGGCAUAAUUCGGAACGGCGGCGCAUGAACCCAGCCGCCGGAAGAGAGAAGGCGAAAGUAUGGAGACGGAAGGUCGAUCGCCCGGAAAAGACUCUGUUUCUUCUAUCGACAAAUCAUCUCUUUGUGAUAGAGAACAUCGAAAAUGGCAUUGAAUCAAACUGUUCGGUGACGGAGCUGCCAAAUCGCUCUAUGGGUAUGCUGGAAUUGGAGUCCAAGAUUUUCUUGGUGGGCGGUGAAAAUAAGAACCAAUUCGGUUGGAAUACUCAUUUCGAUGACGCCUUCCCCAGAGAAAUCUGUGAGGUGAAACAGCAUUCCGAUUCCGUGUCCAUUGUUCCUUCGACAAUCAUGCCAAAGAUGAACGAGGGGAAGUUACAUGCAAUUGUCCAAAAGUUUGGAAGCAAGAUAUUUGUGCUGCAUAGGGGCCCUAUUUUGAAGUUAGACGAGUUGACUAGGAGAUACUCAACUAGUGUUUUUGAGUGUUUCGAUUCUGCUUUUCCAGAAAACGGUUGGGUUGUGAAAUCAGGUAUACCCUUUUAUGAGGGUGUCUACCCCCAGGGACGGUAUGUCGUGCAUGGGUUCUUUCUAAUAGGGGAGAAGCUCUACUUGAACGUGAGUUGGAAAGGAUAUAGGUAUUAUGUUUUUGAUUUCAAGACAGAGGAAUGGUCCAAGGAUGACUGUUUUUUUGUGGGAAAACAUAGGUGUCCUGGCCGUCCAAAGCGUGCUGUCUCAGCUCCUGGUUUAGACGAUGACACGUAUAUCAUUUUUGGAUUCCAUAAUGUGUACUUUCCAGAAGUUCGAGCUACGCUUUUCACGCAAGGAAAAGGAUGCUCCUGUUAUCAAGAUGUGGACGGAAAUAGAAUCUUCAACUUGCAAGGAUUGGGAGGAGACACGAUGGGCUGCGAUUUUGUUGAGAUAGGAAAUGGUGACUACUUUGGCCUGCUGACAGCUAGGGAAUUCAAAACAGGUGACUAUUAUCUUCUUGUAUCAACCUUCUCAGUUAAGGUACUGGCUGCUCGAGUGCCACCCAUCGAAUCCCUCGAUAAGCCUAUCAAAAUGACAUUCUUAAGCAUUAAGUGCAAGAACCAACAGAAGUUCAACAUCACUGCUGUUAAUUUCUGCUAUAUUGCUGGAGCUGCAUGUCUUUAGAUUGUCUCAGACACAUGAUGAUCUUCUGCUACAACAUCAACCAAGUAAAAUUGAGGUCUUUUUAGAUUCAUAUUCAAUAUUCAUUAUUUAAUUAUUCAUCAUCUUUAAAUAGAAUAAUUGAUUCCUUCUAUAUUGCUUGAUUUGAUUAGUUUUGCUUUCGAAUCCUAUCUUUUACAUUGUGAAGAAUGGACAUGUGAUGUUAAAACCAAAGUUUUGUUGUUGUGGACUUGUGGGCCUUAUAAUUUAUUAGAUGUAGAUAUCAAUUAAA